UAGAUAAUGACUCAGUUUCUUCUUCUACUGCUUCUACUACUUCAAGUGUGGUUGGAAGAAGAAGAACAGGCAGGGCAAAGUUUGACUCCAUGAUCCGAAAUGUGGAUUCUGUUACAACAACAAGAUCAAAAUUGGAUGUUUAUCUUGCUGAUGGGUUUUAUGUUGUGCCGACAGAUUGUACUUUCGAUGUUAUUGAGUGGUGGAAGGAACAAAAAUUGGGUUAUAAGGUAUUGUCAAGAAUGGCUUGUGAUAUUUUAGCGAUUCCUAUAACUUCAGUUGCCUCUGAAGCUGCCUUUAGUGCUGGAGGAAGAGUAAUCGAUUCAAGUCGUGCAUCUUUGGGGAAGAAAACAAUUCAGGCUCUUCUUUGCUCUCAGGAUUGGUUAAGAAAUUAUUAUGCCAUGAAAAGGAGUGUGAAGGUAAUUCUAAACUUGCUUUUCUUAUUCCAAUUUCAUAUAGUUACCUUUCUUAUAACUCUAAUCCCUUUUUCCUUUCCCUGGGCAGGCCAUGACCAAGAGGAAGUUGUUGUUGAAAUAGACUUUAAUUAAUGCAUUGGGUUAGUUUCUAUUGAUUUUUUCUCGUUUAAGACUCUUGCUAGUUUACUUUUAAUGCUGUUACAGCCUACUGUAAGAUAACUUGUGCUGGAUUUGUGGAUUUUAUGAGCUGGUUUUGAUUUUACAGCUCACUUUUGCUCCAUCUUUUGGAACCCAGACCAAGUUAUGUACGUACCUAUCCAUCAACCUUUACUUUUAAUAUUGUUACAGCCUACUGUAAGAUAACUUGUGCUAGGAUUAUGAAUUUCAUGAGUUGGUUUUGAUUUUACAGGUCACUUUUGCUCCACCUAUCCAUUAUAACUCAUUUGGGUUUAUGUGUGCAGAGUUUGAAUUAACCAAUGGGAAGCUGCUGCCAUUUUUUGUCCCUUUGUAGGAGCCAACAGGUUCUUUUGUUUAGAAGCAUAUGCAACCUGGGGAUGGAAGCUUUUGAAGACAUCUAGGAUAACUGAUGUAGAGUAGCUUGACUCUAAUUUCGAUGAAUGUAAAUUGAUUUAAGUGUACUGUAGCUUGACUCUAAUUUCGAUGAUUGUAAAUUGAUUUAAGAUAGAAACUUGUAUUUUGAGGAAACAAGUAAUCAGGUCAUGGAUGAUUGUAAAGAGAUGUCAAGGUUUACAUAGUUAUAAUUUGUGUUGAAGGAAGAAAUUUCAGGUUUUGCCCAGCUUAAUUCGAGUCGAGCUCGAGCUUUGUAUGAGGCGAGCUCGAGCUUUGUUCACGAGUUAAGCUUAUUAAUGUUGUUCGCGAGCUAUUUUCGAGCUCGAGCCGAGUCGAGUUCGAGCUCAUAUAUUUAAUUUCGAGUCGAGCUCGAGCUUCUGUUUUUGUAACUCGUCUCGAGUUAGAGCCGAGCUCGAGCUCAAGUUUUGGCGAUCGAGCUCGAGCUGACCUUAGUCAAAACUCGACUCGGCUCGGCUCAUAUGCAGCCCUAAUUCUUCUCCAGCGAUUUCUUCCCUCUGAAACCUCGAUUCUUCUUUUCUGUAUUAAUCCCCUUUCGAAAUCGACCAAAUUAUUGUGCGCCAGCCACCUCCAGUGAGAGGUUGGAGCUCUCCGUUCGCCUCGCCAACCUUCUCAGCGGUGAUUAUCAACUUGGAAAGCACCAUGAGUUCCUCUAGCAACAAAUCGAGGAACUUCCGCCGCCGACCAGACCACGACGAGCCCAAUCCCGACGACGCCGCCGCUGCAGUCGCCCCGUCACCUGAUCCCUCACGUAAACCGGCGCCACCGGCACCUUCCUCUGCUUCCGGUUCUUCCAAGCCGAAGAAGCUUCUUAGUUUCGCCGACGACGAAGGGGAAGACGACGAUUCCGCCGCUGUCACACCUCUUAAUCUUUCUUCCCGCCCUUCUGGUAGGCGUAAACCUCCUUCCUCUUCGGCUUCUUCUUCUUCUCGACUGGGAAAACCUAGUUCUUCCUCCCACAAGCUCACCGCCUCCAAGGACCGAGUUCCUCUUAGCUCCCCGGCUACCACCUCCAAUGUCCUUCCCCAGGCUGGGACUUACACAAAAGAAGCCCUUCUCGAGCUCCAAAAGAAUACGCGCACCCUCGCUAAACCUUCCUCCAAGCCCUCUCCUGCCUCCGCCUCCUCUGAGCCUAAGAUCGUUCUCAAGGGCCUUCUCAAGCCCGCUCCUCCCUCCCCCCACCAAACCCUAGGAGACCGCCAUGUUUCUGAUCAUCUUAUUAGUAACAAUGCAGACGAUGAUGACGACCCAUUUGAAGAUCGAUUGGCGUCAAUGGGUUUGGGGAAAUCGAAAUCCGGAAUCAUCCCUGACGAGGAAAGAAUCAGGAAGAUUAAGGCAGAGAGGGAGAAGAAGAGGCACUCCAGUUCUUCUGCCCCUGACUUCAUCCCUCUCAAUGGAACUACUAAUGAUGCUCAAGGGUCGAGUGACGAUGAUGACGAGCUUGAGCUUAGAACCCGUGUUGCUUUGGUGGGCAGGAAAGACGGCAACACUCAUGGCGUCUUUGAGGAUGUUGAUCAUCUUCCCCCGUCUGCUGCUGUUUCGGCCAGAUAUACGAAUGUGGUUGAAGAUGUUGCUAAUGAUGGUGGUGAUGAUGAUGAAGAAGCUUACAAAAUUUGGGAACGAGAGCAGUUAGGGAAGGCCUUGGGGAAGAGAAUGGAUGAUGCUUCUGCUGUUGCUACUAAUAGAGCUGUGGCAGGUGGUGUCAGUUCUCAUAACACUGCCACGAUGAUGAUGCCACCACCUCUACCACAACAGCAGCAGCAGCAGCAGCAGCAUAGGGUCAGUAGUGUGUACCCGAACAUUGGAGGAGGUUUUAUGGCAUCUCAAGGGUUGGAUAACUUGACCAUUCCGCAGCAGGCCAAAGUUGCUUCGAAGGCAUUGCAGGAUAAUUUCAGGAGGAUAAAGGAAUCUCAUGAUAGAACUGUUUCAGCACUAGAAAGAACUGACGAUAACUUAACUUCCUCGCUGGAUAAUAUUACUGCUCUUGAAGGGUCCUUGUCAGUCGCUGGUGAGAAGUUCAUCUUUAUGCAAAGGCUUCGUGACUUUGUUUCUGUUUUAUGUGACUUUUUGCAGGAUAAAGCUGCGUAUAUAGAGGAGCUUGAAGAGCGAAUGCAAAAGGUUCAAGAGGAACGUGCAGCUGCUAUUUUGGAACGAAGAAUUGCCGAUGAUCAUGAUGAAAUGGUGGGAGUAGAUGCAGCUGUCAAAGCAGCAAUGAUAGUCUUCAAGGAACGUGGCCACUCUGCAUUAAUGAUUAGUGCUGCUGCAGGUGCUGCGCAGACAGCUUCAGCUGCCUUGAAAGUUCAAGAAAAAGCAACUCUACCAGAGUUAGAUGAACUGGGUAGAGAUAUGAGCAUGUAUAAGCGCAUGGAGAUGAAGCGGCGGGCUGAAGCCCGUCAACGUAGGAGAGCUAAGUUUGAUUCAAAGAGAAUUUUAUCAUCAAUGGAAGUUGAUGACAGCUCUGCUGAACGGAAAAUAGAAGGAGAAUCAAGCACUGAAGAGAGUGAGAGCGAGAGUGAAGCUUACCGGUCGAGUCGGGAUAGGUGUCUUGAACCAGUGGAUCAAAUUUUGAGCGAUGCCUCUGAGGAAUUUUCCCAGCUUUCUGUGGUAAAAGAAAGAUUAGAGAAAUGGAAACAGGAAUAUGCAGGGAGCUAUCGGGAUGCGUACAUGUCGCUCAGUGUACCAGCAAUCUUCUCUCCCUAUGUGAGACUAGAGCUUCUUCACUGGGACCCUCUUCGCAAGUCUGAUGACUUUUUUGACAUGAAUUGGCAUUCUCAGUUAUUCAACUAUGGUAUACCAGAGGGAGCAUCUGAUUUGAAUUCAGAGGAUUCCGACAGCAACCUUAUUCCUCAACUGGUGGAAAAAAUUGCUGUCCCUAAGUUGCAUCACCAAAUCGUCCACUGUUGGGACACGCUCAGUACCCUGGAAACAGGAAAUGCUGUUGCUGCCACAAGCAUGGUGAUAAAUUAUGUUCCAGCCUCAAGUCAGGCUCUAUCAGAACUAUUAGUUGCAGUCCGCACUCGACUUGCUGAUACAGCAUCCAACAUUGUGGUCCCUAACUGGAGCUCGCUCGUUCUAAAGGCAGUCCCCAGUGCAUCGCGAAUAGCAGUGUAUCGGUUUGGAGUCUCAGUUCGUUUGAUGAGGAAUAUCUGCUUGUGGAAGGAUAUUCUAGCGAUGCCAGUUCUGGAGGAGCUUGCUCUGGAUGAGCUCUUGCGCAGGAAGGUCCUGCCUCAUGUUCAAAGCAUUUCGUCGGACGUUCAUGACGCGAUUGCCAGAACUGAGAGGAUUGUUGCUUCUUUAUCCGGGGUUUGGACUGGUCCAAAUGUCACCGGGGAUCGCAGUGGCAAGUUGCAGGUGCUGGUGGACUUUGUGGUAUCAUUAGGAAGGACACUGGAGAAGAAGCAGGCAGCUUUGGGGGUGAGCGAGGGGGAGACUAGCGGGCUUGCUCGACGCCUGAAGAAGAUGCUGGUUGAGCUCAAUGACUACGACAAUGCACAACGCAUUGCGAAAGCCUUUCGUCUGAGAGAGGCUUUGUAAGUAAUAAUGUGAUACGAAGGAAGAGCGUAGUUUACCGAAGCAAGGCGAUGAAGGGACUUUAACUGGAGAAGAGAUAGAAUAGGAAGAGGCCAUGCUAGCGUUGUUUCUGUUGAUCGAUUCUAGUAAUAUGUCGGCAACAAGCUUUGAUCUUGUUUCUCUCAUGUACAACAUCAAGCAGGAGAAUUGCAUGGAUGUUGUGCUACAACUUCAAUCUUUACCUAGAAUUUGGUAGUAACGCAAACGAAAGAAUGUGGCUUUAAGCCAACAAUGUUGUUGCUCAAAUGGUUAUGUUAUUAGAUAUUGAUCUAAACCAGGCCAACAUUGCAGGCAACAAUAAGGAAUAUAUCACACGCAUCAAACCCCACACAUAUCACAAAGACCAAAAGGCAAUCGAAUUUUGCCCUUUGCCACCACUCUUUAUUGUUUCUCAGUUGAACAAAUCACAGCAUAUACCCUUUCUAUGUUUUCCACCCCUGAACUUACACCACUUGCUCUAAAACCCCUCCAAAAAAGAAAGGCAACCAAAAUCAACCACAAGAGGAAAAGCAACUGAAAAAUGGAAGUAAACUUGAUCAACAUGAGCUGAUUCUUCACAACCCAAUCCAAAAAUGGAGAGCCAAAGCUCGAAACUUUCCAAAACCCACAACACCAAACUCUCCACCCAUCAUUCGCUCUCCACGAGCAAACAAUAGCGCGAAACUUACCCAAGUUCCAAAUCCAAUGAAAGAAAAAAGACCUGCAAUCACAAACAAAACAUCAGUCAGUUCCCCCAACAGCACCCGAAGCUAGUUUAGCAGCUACGAUAAUUUGCAGAAGCUUCGGAUAUUUAAUUGAUUUGGAAUGUAAGAUACUAGAACCAUACAAGUAGUAGGAAACCAUAUAUGGUAGUGCAUGAGAGCAUGGAGUUAAAUAAUUUUGAUUAACAUCUGCAACUUCAAGAUAUUUAAACAAACCUGACUAAUGUUUUGUUUUCAUUUUAUCUACUGUCCUGCAAAAGGGUUGAUAGCCAUGCUUCAAAAACCAUCCAGAGAUAGGAUGGGAUAAUGCUAUUAGGGCAGAAAUGGAUAUUACUAGGAUAGAAGUCGUAUGAAAACCACGGAAAGCUGCUUAUGCAUGCAUAACCAAAUGUCGACUCAACAAAGCACCAAAGAGAAUAGUGCAGGACGAAAGUUCUAAAUCUAGACAAACUCAAGCCUGUCUGUGGCCCAUGUAAAAGUUCUCAAUGCAGCCGAGCAUAGCAAAAAAAAAAAAAAUCAAGUGGAACUUAUCAUCAAUCAGGUGUACAACAAAAUUAACUUGGACCCAUUUC